UUGUCAAAAGUGUAAACCUUUGUUGAUCUGGUGAUACGUGAAAGUGUAUCGUGAGAAAUAUAUAUUCGUUUGUGGUUAUCUAUAACGGCUAUAAGUUGUUCUGUUAUUGAAUUAAGAUUAUUAACAUGAAAUGUAAGAUAAGUUUUAGUGCCGCUUAUAAAACAGACGACGUUUUUGUGUCAGUUUAUGUGUAGAAAGCAAUGGAACGACGCAGGAGUGUGUUCGCGUAUGUGCGGUGCCGUACAUUUCGCUAUAUUUAAGUGAUGUUAGAAGGUCCGGAUCGAUGUGACAGCUAACUAAUGGAAUCUCAAGACAUCGGAGAAUAAUAUCGUGUACUUGCCGUAGUGUGAAUCGUUUCAUGUAAGUAGUAUAAUUGACCUGAAUUAUAGUGGGUAAAACCGCCCAAUAUGGCUGCUCGGCGGAACUCGGGAUAAUGGUUCGGGAAACGGGUUAAUAUUUUUUUUAUCCGUAUUGGAACUGUGAAAAAAAAUUGUUGGGCAUAAGUGCAGACGUGUAUUCGGCCACAGUUGGGCGUCGGUGGCGCGCUGGUGGGACAGUCGUGGAAGUGUCGGCGGUGCCGUACGAGGGUCGGUCGCGCGCCCAAGCCAGGCUCGGCGAGCCGUGCGCCGUGGGCCGUGUGGGGCGGUCGCCGGGGGCCGAUGGCCGCGCGGGGGGCGGAUCGCGGCGAGCCAUGAGGGACCAGGGCGAGCCGGCGUGGUCGGCAUGGAUCCUGGACGCGGUACGCAAGGUUCGCGCCCAGAAGCAGCGGCCGUCGGUGGCACGGAUCCUGGGCGCGAUACGCCAGCACCGCAAGGAUGCCCGGGAAGAGGACCUGCUGGAGCACCUGGAGACGGCGGUGCGCGACGGCGUGGUGCUGCGCGUGUUCAACAAGGGCCAGGCGACGUACAAGGACCCGCACGGCGUGCAGAGCCGCCAGAUCAGCGUGGACAAGGGCGCCGACCUGUCAAAGGUGAUCGCGAAGGCGGCCCGGGAGCUGGCCGAGCCGGGGGGCUCCACCCUCAAGAGCAUCGAGAAGUACAUCCGGCAGUCUCACGCGCUCAGCUUGGGCGGCGAUGUGGACGUGCGUGCGGUGCUGCGACUGUCGCUGAAGCGCGCCGUGUCGCGCGGGCUGGUGGUACAGGAGGGCCGGCUGGUGCGUUCCACCGGGAGGCCCUACCCGCUGGGGGUGCCGUCGGGCCGCGGUCGUCCCCGGCGCUCCGCCCCGCCGCGCUCGCCCAGCCCGGAGCCGCUCAAGCAGCAGUCGGCGCUGCCCAUCUGCAGCGAGUGCCUGGGCACGGAGGCGCGCAACGGCCGCGGGCUGGAGGAGGCGCUGAGCGCGUGCCGCGACUGCGGGCUGUCGGUGCACCUGUCCUGCGUGCCGGGGGGCCGCGGCCAAGAGCUGGGGCUGCUGCUGGCCAAGGGCAGCGUGUGGGCCUGCGAGGAGUGCUGCACGUGCUCGGGCUGCGGCCGCGCCGCCGACCACACCUGCGUGCUGUGCUGCGGCUCCUGCGACCGCGGCUACCACAUGGGCUGCAUGGACCCGCCGGCCGAGCGCCGGCCCAAACAGCCCUGGCGCUGCAGGCACUGCCUCGCCGGCCACGAGGCCAGCAGCAAGUCCGCCAAGGGGCGCGAGCGCGGCAAGGAGGUCAAGGACUACAGGGUCCUUGCCGGAGUGCGAUGCAGCAGCAGUGGCUUGCCAGGAAAAAAAGGCAAACGUUCAUUUGGUCAAGACAGCAGCCUCGGUCCAGAGGAGGGUAAUGACACAGCCGCUAACUCCUCUUCCUUCCUCUCUCAAUCAUCUGGUGGCUGCGACGGUGGUGGCAGGGCGGAAGGGCUGGAGGAAAAAAACGAUCGCAUUUCUAAAGAGAAACAGAAAUUUUUUCGUAUCAGUGCGUUUUACACGGACCAUAAGUUCAAGCGGAAGGGGAUGGCAGCAGCGGUUGCGCCAUCCCCAAAUACUUGCGAGAAGGUUUCUGCGGUGAAACCGGAAAGCGGGGUUUCUGGUGCAGCUCAGAUGGGCAGCAAGGAUAAGGUCAGUAGUAGCAGUAGCAGUAGUGGUGCUAGCAGCAGUGGCAACAAUAGCAGCAGUGGGGAUAGUAGUGGGGAUGACAGUAGCGUGAGCAGUGACGAUAGCAGUAGUUCGAGCAGUAGUGAUGAUUCGGAGAAGGACAAUGAGCGAGCGAGCAAAAAUAUGUACAGGACUACUACAAUCCCUAAAGCAUUUUUAGUGCAGCAGAAGGAAGAAGUGCAAGCUGUUUGUACUGAAAAAGUGAAAGUGGUUUCUAGUUUUCAGCCUCCUUCAAGUUCAUGCAAAGAAUUUGCAAACACUACACAAAAAAUUUCUCUUUUGUCUGCUUCCUCUUCAGGUGAAACAGAUUCAGGUGAAUCCCCUUGGGGAUUUGCUGCUGCUGCUGCUGCUGCUGCAGCAGCAUCAGCAGCAUCAGCAGCAUCAGCAGCAGCAGCAGCAGCAGCAGCAGCAGCUAAAAGUAAAAAUAAGGCAAUUGUGGGUCCUCUGACAAAUCAGGAGCAAGUGAGAAAGGGUACCAUUGCAAACACAUCUGUUGUGCAUGAGCUUGUGAAUGAUAAGAAGACAGGUGAUAAGAGUAAAUCAGCGGAGUCUCAGUCUGAAAGUGCUAGCAGGACUGUCUCUGUCGCUAUUGGGUCUUCAUCAUCGUUUGGAGGCCUAAAGACACAGCCUGGGUUUGGUCAACUGAAAGGCUUAUUUGAUGGUCUGAGUCACCUUUUUGCAGCACCAACACAUAACCGAACAAGAACAGGAGUUAUUAGUUAUAAUCUCAAUAGAAGGAAGAAACAACUUCAUCCAAAAAGAAUACAUCAACUAUCCUCUACUAAGAAGGUAACAAUUGAACAUCAAGUAGUUCCUUCAAAGAAGGUAGCCAAUGAACAGCAGGUGGCUACUUCAAAGAAAAUAUUAGUUGAGCAAGUUACGCAUUCAAAGAAGUUAGUGCCUGAUAUUCAACGGACUACUUUGAAGAAGGGAGUAGUAGAGUUAGUUCAGCCAUCUUCAAAGAAGGGAACGGCAGAGCUAUUACAAGCUUCUACAAAGAAGGUGUUGGUUGAUCAGCAGCAUAAAGCAGCAGUGGAACAAAAAGUAUUUUCAAAGAAACCAUUAGAGCAGCAAGUGAUUAAGAAAGUUUUAGCUGAGCAACAGCCUGUAUCUUUAAAUAGGGAAGUAGCUGAGCAGCAAGCGGUACAAUCAAAGAAGUCUGUUGUUCAAAAACAACAACAGUCACAAGCACCUUCAAAGAAGAUAGCUGCUUUACAUCAGCAACAAGCUUCUUCAAAAAAGGCUGUAGGACAGCAGCAAGCAUCUACAAAGAAAGUGAUAUUAGAGCAGCCUUCAAAGCAGGCUGUAGCUGAACAUCAGCAGCUGGCACUAACAAAAAAAGUUAUAGCUGAAAAACAGCAGCAGCAGUCACCUGUAAAAAAAGUUACAGCUGAAGAAGUACAAACUCCUCCAAAAAAGUUAGCAGCUGAAAAACCAGUACCUUCGAAGAAGGUAACAGUUGAGCAGCAACAAGCAUCUUCAAAGAAGGUAACUGUUGAGCAGCAACAAGCAUCUUCUAAAAAGAUAUCAAUUGAGCAGCAGAAAGCAUCUUCAAAGAAGGUUACAUUUGAGCAGCAACACGUACCUUCAAAGAAGGCAUCAAUUGAUCUGCAACAAGCAUCUUCAAAGAAGGUUGCAGUUGAGCCACAACAAGUACCUUCAAAGAAGGUAACAGUUGAACAGAAACAAGCAUCUCCAAAGAAGGUAACAGUUGAGCAGAAACAAACAUCUUCAAAGAAGGUAGUUGAGCAGCAACAGGUAGCAUCGGAGAUUAAGGUAGCUGAGCAACUGAAUAGUACAAAUAAAAAUAGAACUGAACAACUUAAUCAUCGCAAGAGAGUUCUGGUAGGCCUGGAAACACAAUCAACUGAAGUGUCAGUUAAUCAGCAUUCUCAGUUUAAAAAAAUUAAAGGAGAUCAUAAUCACAGAAAUCCAAAGAAAAGUCUUGUUGAGCAGAAUCAUCAGCCAAAGAGAAUACAGUCUGAGCAACAGAUUGCACCAAAGAAAAUUCAGGCUGGACUUCAGAGUAGGCCAAAGAAAACAUAUAAAAUUCAUGAGAAGUUGACAAAUAUUGUAAAGCAGUUACCUAAAAUAACAGAGACAGAGCUUUUCCCAAGUGUUAAGAAAGUUUCAAGCGAGCAACAUGGCGCCUUACAAAGAGUAGAAGAUCAUUUCAGUCAUCAGAAGAGGUUGCCUGUGGAACAGAGUAGUGGAGAUGAAGUUACAGAGGCAGUGACAGCAAGCACUUGCAGCAUUUUAAAGAGCAUAACCACGACGUCUGUCUUGCGCUCGCCUGCAGGUGACAUCAGCACCUGCGUAAAGCACGUCGAGUCUGUGCCGAAGACACAGGGUUGGGCGUACCGGCAGGCCUCUGCAGUCACAAGAAAGAGCAUGAUGCCAGAGCAUAUGACACCGUCACGCCUCGUGAAGACUGCAGUGAGCAGCAAACAGCUGGAACUGGAGCGUCGACUGUGGUUCAAAGCAGAUUCCUACUACAGCACUACUCUCGGCAAGCUGAGCUACGACGUGAUGCGGCGUUCGCUGCCGCAGCCAUUCCUCUCGGUGGAGACUGCGUCGAGCGUGGAGGAGUGCGGAACUAGGAAGCGAUACCUCGCGGAGGCCACCCAGACCCACCACCAUCACCACCACCAUCACCACCACCACCAUCACCAUCAUCACCACCGCUUCCACCACCAACACCAACACCCUCCUCCAGUGCCAGUGCCACCCACAUCCAACUCCAUCGUGCCGACAUAUUUUCAAAAGGGUGAUUAUGUGGGCAAAUGCCUACCCCCAGGUGUUUCCCAAAGAGAUGUUGACCUUUUCAACAAAGCACGGGAUAAAGCCAACACUGAGACGCCGGCGAUCACCCAGACUGCGGAGGCGAUCCUUACGCCCGGAUCGAUGGCAUCCCCGACGACGACGGCUAGCCAGCAGCGCUGCCCGGGCGCUAUCGAGUUUGGAAAUUUUGAGAUUCAGACUUGGUAUUCUUCACCUUACCCGCAGGAGUACGCCAGGCUACCAAAGCUGUUCCUUUGCGAGUUUUGUCUCAAGUAUACGAAAAGUAAAUCAAUCUUAGAGCGCCACCAAGAGAAGUGUACUUGGAGGCAUCCUCCUGCCACCGAGAUUUACAGGCAUACAGAUCUCUCUGUGUUUGAGGUGGACGGAAAUGUUAACAAGAUCUACUGUCAGAACCUUUGUCUCCUCGCAAAGCUAUUCCUGGACCACAAGACCCUCUACUAUGAUGUGGAGCCAUUCCUCUUCUACGUCCUCACGAAGAAUGACCCCAAGGGCUGCCACCUGGUGGGCUACUUUUCCAAGGAGAAGCACUGCCAGCAGAAGUACAAUGUCUCCUGCAUCAUGACGAUGCCCCAGUAUCAGAAACAAGGCUUCGGCAGGUUCCUCAUACAUUUCAGCUACCUGCUGUCGAAGCGGGAAGGCCAGCCCGGGACCCCGGAGAAGCCCCUGUCGGACCUGGGACGCGUCUCCUACCACGCGUACUGGAAGUCGGUGGUGCUGGAGUACUUCGACGAGCACCGCGACGACCAGGAGGUCGGGAACGUGUCCGUCGCAGACAUCAGCCAGGAGACGGGCAUGUACAGCCACGAUGUUGCCAUGACGCUGCAGCUGCUCGGGAUGGUGUGCAGGGUGAAAUGUCAGCCGGAGGAGGCUGGGGUGGGCGACGGCUACAAGGCCGUGGUGGUUGUGGACUGGGGGAAGGUGAACCAGCACAUGGAGAGGGUCUCUCGCAGUCGCACCCGGAUUUCUUUAGACCCGGAGUGUCUGCGCUGGACCCCUCUCGUGCCCUCCAUCCCAGCCCACGACACGGAUGCCUACACCAGCGAGUCUGAUAGGGACAAGAACUAUGACAGCGAAGUGAAAGAGGAAGAACCUCUUAGUACACCCAGGAUAACGCGACGAGAACUGAGCAUGAAUGUCACAGAGACGCCUUUGUCUGCAGCAUCCACGGAUGCCCAAGAUGGUGCAAUGAGGUCAAAGAAAGGUCGCAAGCGGAAAGUGAGGGUUCGCUUCAGCCCCGACACCACCAAGGAGGAGACGGCACAACUCGCCGAUGUCGAGGACAACAUCGCCUCCACCCCAGUCGUGUCCGAUAAGCAGCAGAAGAAUGCCAAAGGUUUCAAGCGGAAGGUGAGGAGGUGGAAGAAGAACAACUCGGUAAUGCCCGGGAUCCGACCGCUGAAAAAGUCAAAGGCUCGCAAGCAGCAGCUGGCCAGCACGCCUGCCCAGAGUGUUGUCGUGGCCGAGUCGAUACAGGUGAAGUCGGAGGCGAUCCUGAAGCCUAGUCGGCUCAGUAGAGACCUGGAGGUGGAUGGCAUCGGUGGGAGACAGAAAAGCGCGGGCACUGUCCCAAAGCACCCGGUGGAAGAUUCGAGCGAGGCAGAGCAGGUGACCAAGAAGAAGGGAAGGUUCUUAAAGAACAAGCCCGGGAGGGUGGCGGGCAGACGAGCAUCAUCCGUGAAGACGAGCGGCAAGCGUGUGCUGGAAGCGACCAGCGGGGACGAGCGGGAGACGAAGAGGCCACGGUUGGAGCAGCCGAGGGUCGGCCGGCCGAGCCUGAAGGUACGAGAGGAGAUGGCACGGGUGAAGGAGAGCCCGACCAAGAGGGAGUCGUCUGCACGCCAGAGUACGAGGCACCAGCCGGUUGAGGAGACCCCGUCGCCGGUCAGAAAGAGGCCGUCACUGCUGAGGGACAAGCGUCCGUCUCUCAACAGCAUCAUCUCGAGCCUGCGCACGCCCAAGGAGGAGCGCCUGAAGAAGGAGGAGAGCCCGGCGCCGGUGCCGGUGGGCAUCGGGCGCGGCCGGCGCCCGGGGCCCAUGCGGCGGGCGCAGUCCGAGGUGAAGCGGGAGCGCUGGUCUCAGCGGCGGGAGAAGAAGCUGCGCCUGGAGGAGGCCAGGUUGAAAAAACGUAUUACGGAGCCAGUGAAGAAGACUUGGCCGGCCGGAAGCGACGACGACGGACCGGACGUGCAGAUGCCCAAGCUGCAGCCGGAGGUGGGCGUGCUGCAGCCCAGCGACGCGACCACUCCAGGUCCGCCCCUCUCCCCCCCCUCGCUGCACAACGAGGAGCUCAGCCCCGGCACGCCGGCCCAUCACCGGGGCAACCGUCGCAAGAAGAAGCGCGGCUGGGUGAAGGGGCGCCCUCGCAAAUAUGCGGCUGUGGCCCCGUCCAAGACUGAAGACGUCACCACCGAUGACGCGUGCAUUGGGGAGAUGGUGCUGGCAGCCGACAUAGCUGAAGUGACGAGGACACUUGCAAGUGACACGCCAGUAGCAGCAGUGUGCACCAGUUGCACCACGAUGCCGUCCGUGUCAACCAGCGUAGUGUCGGUCUGCACCAGCGCCGUGCCUUGUGCUGUUGCUGGCGAGACUGCACCCACUUCAGAACAGCCAAGCAAACCACAGUCUGCUCCGAGCCAAGACCCUGAGCAGUCGGAUGAGACACUGCCGACCACGGGCCACGAGCGGGCGGAGUCAUCGCCGACACUGGACGGCGAGGAGCCCGAUCCAGAGUCGCAGGCCGAGCCGGUGCCGGACGUGAGCCAGAAGCAAGCGGAGCCGGCACCGAGUGUUGUUCCUGAACGGACCGACCGAGUUCCGGACGAUCGCGAGCAGGCCGAACCAGUUCCGGACGAUCGUGAGGAAGGUGGCCCGGUUUCAAAUGUUGAUCGUGAGCGGGUAGAGCCUGUGCCAACUGUGGACCGCGAGCAGACCGAGCAAGUAGCGGCCGUGAGUGCUGAUCGGUGCAAGACGUCUUCGGAGGACCGGGAGCAGGCGAAGCCGGCUGGGCUGGACAGGCACGAGCAAGAGGAGGCUCGGUCGAAGGAUGAUGAUCGCAAGGAGCCGAGCACCGCUCUUGCAGCACAGGCACCGGCAGUUGAGGCUUCGCCAGCCGAAGCCGAUGGCACCAAAGAACAGGCAGGUGCUGCUCCAGAGACAGUUCCUGACGUCAGCAUUGUCGAGCCGAAUCUAUCCAAGACUGAGGCAGAGAAGAGUGAAGAUGAACAGCAGGUGUUGGUGAAGUUGGAAACUGGUGGAGUUGAGAAGGUGCAGCUUGCAGAAGCUGUUUUUGAGACGAAGACAGCUCUGGAAAGUCCUUCCAGUGUUGAGGUUGUUACAAGUCCAGAAAAGGACAAGCAAUUUGAUGAUGAAUGUAGGGAAGAGAACUCGACACAAGAGCAAAAAGCCAAAGAUAAAUGUGAUAAGGGCAAGUGUGAAUCUCAUUCAAGUAAGGAGCAAGCUCCUACAGAGGUGGAUCUGACCCAAAGUGAAGAAACAUCCUCUGAAACAGAGAAGACAGAGCAAGAGUGCUUGGAGAUGAUGCAGCAUCGGAGAGGUUACCAAGAUAAAGAAUCACGGGAGGAGCAGCGAGUGAUGAACUUGCGACGAGAGGAGCGCGUUAUGGACAUGCGAAGAGAAGAGGAACGAGUGAUGAAUGUGCGGAGGGAAGAGGACAGAGUGAUGGACAUGCGUAAAGAGGAUGAGCGAAUUAGGGACAUGCGGAGGGAGGAAGAACGAGUGAUGAAUGUGCGGAGGGAAGAGGAACGAGUGAUGAAUGUGCGGAGGGAAGAGGAACGAGUGAUGAAUAUGCGGAGGGAAGAAGAAAAAUUUAUGAACAUGCGAAGGGAAGAAGAGCGGGCAAUGAACGUGCGAAUUGAAGAAGAGCGAGCGAUGAACAUGCGAAUUGAAGAAGAGCGAGCGGUGAACAUCCGAAGGGAAGAGGAGCGAAUUAAGAUUGCACAGAGGGAAGAAGAGCGAGUGAUGAACAUUCAAAGGGAAGAGGAGCGAGUGAUAAAUGUGCGAAGAGAAGAGGAACGUGUGUUGAACAUACGAAAAGAAGAGGAGCGAGCGAUGAAUAUUCGGAGGGAAGAGGAGCGAGCGAUGAACAUUCGGAGGGAAGAGGAGCGAGCGAUGAACGUUCGGAGGGAAGAGGAGCGUGCGAUGAAUGUUCGGAGGGAAGAAGAGCGAGUGAUGAAUGUGAGGAGGGAAGAAGAGCGAGUGAUGAAUGUGAGGAGGGAUGAGGAACGAGCAUUUAAAGCACGAAGGGAUGAAGAUUUUGUGAGACACGUGCGUAGUUUAUCCUCUUUGGAUGAGCAUGAGAUGGCCAAGUCAAGGAGGAGUGAGGUUAUGAUUCGAGAGCGUGUUUUGUCGCCCCCUGCUGUAAUCAUAAUGGAGGAGAAAGAGCAUAACUCCAUGUCCACACAGACACACCCUGGUGGCCUGAUGGAGGAUAGCAGCGAUGCCAUUGAAAUGGGACGACUGUCGUCGCGACACCUAACCUUGCAGGAGGCCUGCAAUCUGCACAAGCGGGCGAGCUGCGAGGACAAACAGAAUGCAUCACAGCAGUGUGAGGUAGUGGAUGUGCCCAGUGGCAACACCACGCCGAGACUUGACAGUGUGGAGGCCAUUCAACCAGCAACACCCAUUAAUCCCGGUUCUGUGAAGCACACGCCACCCACCCCAUCGCAGCCAGAGAUACCCAGCAUGGGAGUGUACACCCCUGACUCCACCACCAACUCUGUCCACUCACUGCAUGGCUAUGGCCAGUGUGAUUUGGAUGUCAGCCACUUGGGCCUUGAGUCACCUACUUCCAUAUCAUCUAAUGACAUGGCAUCUCAGAACUCUGUGGAGCCACCAAGGCCACCCUCGGUCCUGCCUGUUCAGACAUCUUCGCACACACCACAGACCCAGUGCUCGCAGACAUACUCUGAUUGUGUGCAGCAGCAACAACAGCAACAGCACGCAGUACUACAUCAUCACCAUCACCACACCCAGCCUGUAUCGAGUGUUCAGCAGGCAGCGCAUCACCACCCAGUUCACAUGCCUUCUGUGGCACAAAUACAGCAGGCUCACCACCUUAUGCAGCAACAACAACAGCAGCAGCAGCAGCAGCAGCAACAACAACAACAGCAGCAGCAGCAGCAGCAGCAGCAGCAGCAGCAGCAUCAACACCACCAGCAACAACACCACCAGCAGCAGAGCUCGACCAAGUCACGGCAGGUAUCACAUCACCGCAAGUCCACUCCGUCCCAGCACAAGCAGCAGCCACUGCAGCAGCGCUCCACCCCUCCGACCCAGCAGCAGCGGCACAGGGCCACGCCCCCCAUGUCGCAGCAGGGCGCAGGUAGCACGAGUAGCUCCCAGCAGCAGCUGUUGCAGCACCAGGUGGCCAUGGCCCAUUCCCAGGGAGGCUACCCACAUCACCCACAUCACCAGCUAGCCUCGCCAGCCCCCAUGCAGCACCCGCAUCAUGCACACAUCUCGCAGAGCAGCUACAUCAGCGUGCCGCAGAUGUCCGUCUCCUCGCAGGCGUUCUCCGCCCAGGCGGGAGGGGGUACGUACGUCAGCGUGCCCAUGACGACGGUCAUCCAGCAUCGCAUGGCCGGCCAGCAGGGCGCCUUGGGCUCCGCCCACCAGCGCCUCGCCGCGUCUCCCGCCUGUGCCGUCUCCUCCGCCACCAACUUCGCCACCAACUUCUACAUCCAGGCGGCCGCCUCCGUGCCACACCCGCACUCCCACACGCCGGUGCCAAUCCCCACUCCCACCCCCACGCCGACUCCCGCGCCCACCCCGACGCCCCAGCAGACCGGGGGCUCUCGGGGCGGGGCGGGAGCAGGGUCGUCGACCGCGUCCGCCUGCAGCCUGGCCAAGCUGCAGCAACUGACCAAUGGGCUGGAGAUGGUCCCGCCCACUCCUUGCAACACCAUGACCCCUCCACCUCCCCACCACCCGCACACCACCAUGACCCCUCCUCCCUCCACCUCCACCCACCAGAUGCUGCAGCAGCAGGCCGCACGGACGCUGUCCACCCCUCCCUCGGCGAUCCCGCCCAACCUGCAGACGCAGAUCAACCUGGCCAACUACCACAAGUACUACUCGACCAGUGCUGCCACCCCGCCGGCCACGGGGCGUGCCUCCCGGGCGGUGGCCCCCUCCUCCUCCCAGCAGACGCAGGCGACGCCGGCGCGCGUGGGGCCCAACGUCACCAUCGACCCCAACCUGGUGGCGCAGUACGGCACGCUGAACGGGUACCGCAUGGCGGCCCAGCAGGCGCCCGGCACCGUCACGGGCUACAUCACCAACACCACUGGCUUCAUCAACCAGGCGGCUCAGAUCCCGGUGCAGAUGGGCGUGAUGAACAUGGCGCAGACUCAGUACCAGGACCCGGCGGCCAUUCAGCGCGCCCAGCAGAACACCAUGUACACCACCUACGGCUACAUCAACAGCAACCUCAUGCAGUCGCUCAACAGCACCAUGCGGAGGUAGUGAACGUGCAUGCUGCCUCGCUUGUCUUCUCUACUUCUUUUGCUGCUGUUUGGUUCCACGGAUGUAUCUCCCCUACUUUGUAUAUAUCUUCUGCUUCACCAUCCUGGGCAGAGACUUGCAUCAUUGUCUGGAAGGAUGUUGCUACAACACAGUUGUGUACUUUACAGUGUGAAGCUUUCUGCAAUGGUGUAAUUUUUCGUGUUAUUGAUGUGACAUCUCAUUUUUAUUAGUACAGCUGAAUAUGUCUCACUACAUUUCUCAGCAUUGCUGGCAAUUUUUAUUGUAAACUACGUGAAUAUUUCAAAACACUGGAUUUGUUAAGCAUACUGUUUGAUAAAAUGGUGACAUUCCAUUUUGUUUUAUUAUCAAAGUUUACCUGUAUUUCAGCAUUCAACUAAAGUAAACUGAAUGUUUAAUUGAAAUGUAGCUAGAGGGUUUUCUUGCUUUUAGUUAUGUUACAUAACAAUAAAAAUUAAAUUAUUCUCAUCAUUGAAGGUCAGAUUUUUCCUAUUAUAGGGUUUCUUGAUUAAGUUAAACACAGUAUUAAGAUAUUCGCAAAACACAAUUAUUAUUUUUCUAUUUAUUGCACUAACGACACUGUAGUAAUAUGUGUAAACUUUCCAAAAAAAUUUAUUGUCAUUGCUGAACAGUUUUUGUUGGUUUUUAUUUUCCAGCAGAUGUUUUAUGUGAUAUUGAGUUACAGAACAUUUUUAUGUUGAUAAAGGGUUUAAAAUUCAAGAUUAAGAACUUAAGUUCACUGUAUUUCUUGCUUCAUAUUUUCUUUGUCAUGGUGUCUUACAGAGACAUGAGCUAAUUUUUGUUUAUGCACACAUGUGUGUGAACUUGUUAAUUAUAUUCACACACAUUCCAAAUUUUUUAUUAUAUUGCAUAUGAGUUUUUUUUUUUUGUAGGAGAAGGCUGUUUUUGACAUGUUCACAAUUCAACAUUUUCAAAGAAAACAACAUAAUUUUUGCUAAGUAAUCCUACAACCAGGGAAUAUUUCUUUUAACCUUUUCUGUUGGAGUUUUACUUACAAAAGUGGGGGAAAAUGUUUUCCAAUUUUUCUUAAUUUGUAAUGUUACAAAGACAUACUUAACAUACAAACUCAUUGGAAAAUUAUUACUGAAAGUCAUUUUGCAAGGGUGAACAGUAUCGUCAUACGUGCUCCGGGAACAUUGCAGUGUCCCAUUUUCUGUCCCAUUUUCUGUAGCAUUUCCCUGCAGGUUGUGCAAAUGUUGUUGGGGGUACAGGGUGGUGUGAAUCGUAUCUCUGAUCUUUUUACCAGCUAUAAAUUUUGUGUAAAUAAAUUCAAAAAGUAGUUAUGCAAGGCAUUUUUUAGUUACAUUUGUGUUUUGUAGUUUGAUAUACAAGAUGUGUUUGGAGAAAGCAGUAAUUUAUACAUGGCCUAUCAAAUUAUAUAGAUCCUUCAGGCUUUUUUACUGUUUUCAAUUAUAAAGAUAUGUGAUCCAACUUGUAGGGAAUAAAAUCCACAAUAUCCACAACACUAUAUGUAAUUUGAUACUCCUUCUGCAGACUGUAAAAAUACAUAUUUUAAUUUUUUUUAUUGUGUGGCCAACUUGCAUGGUCUUUGUAUUUUGUUUUACACAUAAAGGUGUCUCUCUUUCAAUUGUGCGUUUUUAUUUAUCUACCGGCAAAUAUUGCCAGUGUUAGGGGGCUUUUUUGUCAUGCAAGUAGUUCUUCUAGUUUUUGUUUAUUUUUAUUAUUUAAGUAAUGUACUUCCAAAUCUAAAAUUAAAUUUUCAGUAACCCAUGUUCAUAAUUUGGCAUACUUUGGCCAUUAUUAUUUAAUAUAGAUGUAUUGGCUUUUUUUGUGGUCAUCAUAUUUCUAAAAUAAUUGUUUCCUUUCAUCAAAACAUUAUGCUGAAAUACUGUAAAAAAAAGUAUGUAUGAAAUCAAUUUGUCAGUGGUGUUUAUAGUUUAAAAUUGGUAAUUUACUAUUGAGUUCAUUUAUUUCAUCUUCGAGACCAGUGAUUACUUAACAGGGAAACUGCAAUUUAAGUUUUAUUUAUUAGCCAAAAAUGUUUUGGUUUCUGGUAACCUUCUUUGGUAUUUAAGCACAUAUAUUGUUCAUGCAAUGUCAGUCGUAACAAGUAUCAAGCCCAGCUAAAUUAUUGACUCACUGUGACGUAGACAUCAUCAGUUGUACUUGAAGCAGUAAACUGUGCAAUCCCUCCUGUGAUCAGUGAUGUGAGUUACUAAUGAUAAAUCAACAAUGUGAAUUACUGGCACAAAGGUAAAUACUAUCACCAGGUUGUGAUCCUGCUUAUUUUAAACUGAGAGAGCUGGGAAAUUGUUAUGAGCAGUGUCCAUAUUUGAGUAUCAACCAUUCAGGGGUGUAACUUAAGACAAGUGGAGAGUUUGGUUAGAGCUGAAGCUUCAUGCUCAUUCUUCAUUUGACUGUAAAAAUUUCAUCAAAUAAAAUUUGAUGUUUUGCAGCCAGAAAUUGUUAGCCUGACAACUUGUUCAUAUUUUGUAUUAUCUUUACUGAGGGAAAAUCCAAGUUUUAAUUUUUUUUAAUUUUAGUAAUACAGUAAAACCUUGUAAUUAGUGUGAAACAAAAAUUCAGCUAAACCAAUUUUGCAUUCAACAGUUUUUGGACGUGAAAUCAAAGCUAAAAAAAUUUAGCAAGGAGUUUUCUUUUUUGUGAAUUCUAAUAAAAUGUUUGUUAUACAGCAAACAAUAAUUGUUUGGAUAAAUAAUACUUAAAUAUACAUAAUAUAAACUGUAGUAAUUAAAAAUUUAAUUUUUGUUUCUAUUUUUGUCAGGAUAAAAUGUGUGAGUUAAAAAUAUGAUACAUACUGAAUCUCUUGCUGAAUUUACAGAAAACCUUUAUUUUGCAGUUAGGUGAUACACUAGAAAAAAAUAGUAUUAAUAUUAUUUUUGGAUAUGCUGGAUUUUACAUUUCAGGUUCUUGUAAAUAUUUGAGGUUUUACUUUCUAGUGUUGUGAAAUUUCACGAGUUAAUCUUCUGAUAGACAAAAAAAAGUUUCCUGUUUUAUUUGUUGCUAUAUCAUGUCAUUUAUUAAGCCACAAAAUUUUUUUGGCAUUUUUAAUGUAACAAGCCAGAGAAGCUGACUAACAAUAAUGAGUUUAAAAAUUGAAUAUUUCUGUUACGUAUGAACAAAAAACAAACUGCACUUGUUCACAGGAAAUAUUUUGCAAGUAAGUACCAUGUACAUGGUAAAUGCACCUAAGUUUUUAAUCAAUGCAUUGUGAAGAACUUAGAAGAUAUUGGUGGCAGUUAAAUCCAUGGUGAAGCUGCAAGUGUAAAAAAAAAUUCAGAUCUGAUUGUGUGUGCUGUUGUGUUUGUAUUUUUUCUUUUGUAUAAAAGUUGUAAUAAAGGUUUUUUUUUUAAGUAUUCAUUGUUAAUCCUGUUAUAUUUUUCUUUGAUUAACAUCACAAUAUAACACUGGUGGCACUUUUUUGAGAGUGUGAUUUUCAAAUGUCAUUCAUAAUUACAUGUUAUCAGAAUGUAACAGUUCUUAUUGUCAUUAAUAUAUGUCAGUAAACUCAAUCCAUCGUGAUUCAGACAUAAGGAUUUAUAGAGGAAGCUAUGAAUUAAUGCACAUUGAUAUAGUACUGGUAUUUUUUUUUUUAAUAUUGUGCAGAUGCAUAUAGAUACUGAUCAAUGUUUUUUCACAGUGUAUAGAUUAUAAUAUAGUGCACAGUGUUAUUCCUGUAGACUGUUUUAUAUUGAUGGUAUGAAAAGGCUGUUUGUAAUAUUUAACAAUUAAAAAUUGUGAACAGUAAUUUAUUAUGACUGUGAUUAGUGUAUAAGUGUAAGAUAUUGAAUAAGAUUCUAUUGUGUAUAUUUGUGUUUCAUAUUGACAACCGAUAUUUUCAAAAGAAGUAUUUGAACAUGACACUGAAAACACAUUUUGUGUUUCAUGACAUUUUUCUAAAUGCAAGGGGAGCGGAGAAUUGUUUCUUGAAGGUACAAAUUUUUCGUGCAUAAACAUGUUAUAUAGGAAUUUUUAUAUAUGGUGUAUGUAGAGAGGUGUUGUACAGUUGUACAUGAAAUAUGGUGUUGGGCCUACCAUUUGUUAGGUGGGGAGAUUGUGUGUAUGGCUCAGUCAUAUUGCCUUGGUUGCUGUUGGGCCGUUGUAAAUAGACUGUCUUCGCGUUGAGUAUUGGCCUGUGAUUUAGCGCAGUGUUGUACUAUCUUGAAUUAAGUGCGUCGGAUAUGCAUACCAGUGUACAGCAAAUGUUUGGAUGCUCUAUGGUCUUUCAACCAUUGUUGAUGUGAUUGGAAAUGUAUUUGUUCAUAUAAAAGCACUAAUCAGUCACAUAUUAAAAGUAUUAACAUUUUGUGUGUUGUGUACAUUUAGAAACUGUGGAAGUAACAAGUGACAAAACUUGAAAGUAACUUGUGAAAAAUAAACUGACAUAUUUUUGUUACUUUUUAAUCAUUUUUAUUGGUUUUAAAAUGAAGUUAUCUGCUAUUGGUUAUCCUUUGUGAUUGUUUGCUCGCACGGCAGAGUCAAGAGACAGACGAACUUCUGCGAACACAAGUGCACAUUUUCCCUCUUGCUGGUUGCAGAACACACAACCUGUGUAUUAUUGUAUUUUGUAGGUAUUCUUCCUUAAGAACGCAAACUGUGUGUGUUGUAUUAUUUUUUUUCUUUGCAAACGACAUUGAGAAGAGCACAGCUGUACAUAAGCUAAAUUAAAGAGCUGUUAAUACAUUCACAA